UUUUCGUUACGAUAUAUCAAAUAUAUGCUACACAUAAAUAAAGAAUAGUUAUAUAAAAUAGAAUAUAUAAACGAAAAAUAUUUAUUAACGAAUGCUUGUUAAUUAUUAGCUAAAUGAUUUUGCUUCCGCUGCUAUUUUUUCUCGCUCUUGUCACAUCAUUAGUUGUUUGGUUUCUAUUGGCAAUUGUUACUAACACUGCCACUGAGCCAUUUGCACAGCCAUUACGAUGUUUAGCUGCUGUGUUCUUGCCAACUAUAUUGGUUUAUUAUGGGUUGAAAAAAAGAAGCCUUAGCUCUAGUGGGGCUCAAGUGGGUUUUAUUAUAGGAUUUGUAAUGACUAUUAGCAGCUUGAGCUUUUUUGCGUGUCUGUUUGUUUUCUUCAUGCUUGGUUCCACAGUAACAAAGUGGAGAUCAGGACAGAAAUGCAAAUUUGAAGAAAACUAUAAAGAAGGUGGGCAAAGAAAUUGGUUGCAAGUCAUAUGCAAUGGAGGAGUGGCUGCACAACUCGCCAUUCUCUACAUGAUAGAUAACGGUUGUAGGGAGUUACCAAUUGACUUUUCUAGGUUUUACUCUGCAUCAUGGCUAUCCUGUGGCCUGGUUGGCGCUCUUGCCUGUUGCUGUGGAGACACUCUGGCAUCUGAAAUUGGAUCUGUUGUUGGCAGCUCAAAUCCAAUAUUGAUCACAAAUUUUAAGAGAGUGCAUACUGGUACAAAUGGUGCCAUAUCAUUAGCUGGUACAGUAGCUAGUUUUUUGGGAGGGCUGCUCAUUGGACUUACUUUUUAUUUGACAAAUCACAUAUUGGUGGAUAGACAGUUACCAAUGCAUCCAAUACAAUGGCCAAUAAUAAUUUUAGGCGGAUUUGCAGGCCUUCUAGGUUCUCUGAUUGAUUCAUUACUUGGUGCUACAUUACAGUAUUCAGGUUAUUGUACACAACGCAAAUUGAUUGUUGGAAGCCCUGCAAGUAGUGUCGUCCAUAUAUCUGGAAUCCCAUUACUAGACAAUCAUAAUGUGAAUCUUAUUUCUUCAUUCUUAACAUCAUUUGCUACUUCUUUCUUGGCUUAUAAUUGGUAUCUGUAUGACAAACAAUAAACUGGAAAUCUUUUUAGUAUUCA